AAGAAAAGAAGCAAAGAAAGGCGAAUAGGAAAUUUGUGUCAAUUUGGGACCGUUCUCCAGAUUGGACAGAAUUCUUUCCUCUAUCUCGCUUUCCCCCCCUCCCUACACCACACUUCAUAAUCCCUAGCAAGGCAAAAAUCAAGAAGAUGACGGCGAUCAAAGCAUCCAACAUCCUCAUCUUUGGGGCGACAGGCUUCAUCGGACAGUACAUCACCGACAAAGUCGUCAGCGCGCAGCCCGCCUUCGACCACAUCACCAUCUUCACGUCUCCAGAAACGGUGGAGAAGAAGGGCGCGCUCCUGGACGGGUGGAAGAAGAAGGCCGGCAACGUGACGGUGGUGACGGGCAACGUGGAGUCGGAGUCGGACGUGCGCGCCGCCUACAAGGAGCACAAGAUCGACACGGUCAUCUGCGCGUUCGGGCGGGCGGCCAUCGCCAAGCAGAUCGACCUGCUGCGGUGGGCGGACCAGGAAGAGGUGGCGUGGUUCCUGCCCAGCGAGUUCGGCACGGACAUCGAGUACGGGCCCCAGAGCGCGGGGGAGCCGCCGCACCAGCAGAAGCUGGCGGUGCGGCGGUUCAUCCGCGACGAGGUGAAGAAGACGCAGGUCACGUAUGUGGUGACGGGGCCUUACUUUGAGUCGUGGGUGGGGCGCAUGCCGGGGCUGGCGGGCGUGUGUCCUGGGUUCGACGUGGCGGCCAAGGAGGCGCUGCUCACGGACGACGGCGAGGGCCGCGUGGCGUUCACGACGAUGCCGGAUGUGGGCAAGCUGGUGGUCGCGGCGCUGCAGCACCCGGAGGCGGCGGUGGGCAAGGCGCUCAAGGUGAACUCGUUCGAGGUGACGCCGAACCAGGUGCUGGCCGUGUACGAGAAGCUCACGGGCGCCAAGUGGACGGUGUCGUAUAUACCGGUGAGCAAGCUCGUUGAGGCGGAGAAGAAGCUGUGGGCGGAGCAGGACCCCAAGGCCACCAUCAUCACGCUGCGGAGGAUCUGGGCUGAGGGUGGGACCUUGUAUGAGAAGACGGACAAUGAGGCGCUGGGGCUCAAGCCUGAGGAUAUGGGGAAUGUGGAGGACGUGAUCAAGGAGUUGCUGGCGGCUCAGCAGUGAAAUACUGCAUGUGUUGUUGAGCAAGCGGCACCUUUUUUUCUCCCUCUAAAAAGUCACUGGGGCAUCUUUUCAUACAACGACUCAAGAGUUUUUAUCUUACUCUUGAGGUUGAUCUCGAGCUUCGUUAAUGUUAUGCAAGAAAAGGGAGGAGCAACAAAAGAGCGUCUAUCACGAUAACUGUUCGGGGAUAAGUCCUUCUUCAGAGUACAGUGCCAAUGACAGAAUUGUGUGCGAC